AAUAAUCCCACGCACUCUUUGUUUUCUCACAUUUUCCGACAAGAUGAAUAUUGUAGCCAAUCAAUCUUUUUUAAGCUUUGCUUCUAUUAUUUUAUUGCUGAGCUCCAUUGCGAUUGUGGGUGAAGCUCGUGAUCCUUUCAAUACCCUGACGCCCCAAAAUUUUGCAGGUGGAAGGGUUUCUAAUAUCUUUGAUAUUGGCUUGUACGUUGGAGCAAUCAAAGAGGCGGGUCCGAGUCGUGGUGAGGGACAUAGGUUCACCGGUAGUCGCACCAUUGGAGGCAUUAAGAACGGCGGCCCAAGCAUUGCUGAGGGACAAAAGUUACUUAAUGGUUUGGCUCUUGGAGGUUUAAAGGACUCUGGCCCGAGCCCUGGUGUAGGAAACAAGUUUACAGACGAACGUCCGAGCCCCGGAGUAGGAAAUAAGUUAAUUGAUAGCCGAACCAUUGGUGGCAUCAAGGACUCCGGACCAAGCCCUGGAACGGGAAAUAAGUUUACUGAAUCCGGACCAAGCCCUGGAACGGGAAAUAAGUUUACCGAAUCCAGACCAAGCCCUGGGACAGGAAAUAAGUUUACCGACUCCAGUCCAAGCCCUGGAACGGGAAAUAGGUUUACCAACUCCGGCUCGAGCCCUGGUGUGGGAAACAAAUAAGGAUAUAGUUGCCACUCUUUCUGAUCAUUGGAGAUAACACUUAGAGAUGACAAAGGAAACAAGUUCAAUUUUAGCCAAACAAUAAGAUUUUUUAUACUAUAAAGUUCAUUUUUUAGUUUAUUAUAUAUUUAUAUUUAAUGUAUUCACGGUAUAUAAUUUCAUAGUGAAAUAAAUUAAGUAAGAUAA